AUGGCUCCGGCCAGGACACAAAUCAUAUCAAGACGCGGAAACCCGCGUGGGCCGAGGAAUGUGUGUCUCAUCGCGGCCAUGAUCAGUCGUGAGAACGGGGCCCGAUCGGGGCAACUAUUUAAGCCAGGGAUUGUUGGAUAUCGGGAUCGAUCGAUCGAUCCGGCCGCCGACUCACCGCGAGUGACGGUCGACAGACUUUAUGUGCCAACCCGGGUUGAGGAGUACGGUAGAUGUAGCUACCAGAGAAUACGGCCAAGGGAUACGGCCAAGGGAUACGGCCAGGGAAUACGGCCAGGAAAUACGGCCAAGGGAUACGGCCAAGGAUUAAGGCCAGGGAUAUGCCAAGGGAAAGCAUUUACGAGCGCGCCAGUACUGAUCAGAUCGCGGGUCUCAGGACCAGCAACCAACCAUACAAACCCCUCUGAGUCCCAGACGGAAGCUAGGGCUUUCACAGAGCCCCAAUUGACAAGACAAGUAGCCCGAACCGUUCCUGAGGGAGGGUAUGUCUUGGCCCUCACCGGGAACGGGUCCACCGCAUAG